AUGACUGCCAAGGGAGGUGCUUCAGGUGGCCCUCAGUACCAGGCACACAGCAUCCCCCUCUGUGUAGCUGACCUGCAGCAUACCCUGGUCCCUGCCACGCCAGCCCUUGUGGGUCAGGCUAUCGGCUGCACCUUGAACUGUACUUGCCAGAGCUUCAAACCUGGGAAAAUAAACAACCGUCAGUGUGAGCAGUGCAGACAUGGAUGGGUGGCUCAUGCCCUAAGCAAGCUGAGGAUCCCCGCCAUGUAUCCAGCCAGCCGGGUGGAGGUGGUCCAGUCCAGUGUGGUGUUUGAUAUCAGCAGCCUCAUGCUGUACGGCACCCAGGCCAUCCCCAUUCGCCUGAAGAUCCUGCUGGACCGGCUCUUCAGUGUGUUGAAGCAAGAUGAGGUUCUCCAGAUCCUCCGUGCCUUAGACUGGACGCUGCAGGACUACAUCCGCGGCUAUGUGCUACAGGAUGCGUCUGGGAAGGUGCUGGACCACUGGAGCAUCAUGACCAGUGAAGAGGAAGUGGCCACCUUGCAGCAGUUCCUUCGCUUUGGUGAGACCAAGUCCAUUGUGGAGCUCAUGGCAGUCCAAGAGAAAGAAGAGCAGUCUGUCCUCGCACCUCCGUCGACAGCCAACAUCGACAUCAGGGCUUUCAUCGAGAGCUACAGCCACAGGGGUUCGCGCGUCCCCACACCUGUGGACAAAGGGAACCCCAGCAGUGUACAUCCUUUUGAGAACCUCAUAAACAAUGUGACGUUCAUGCUGCCUUUCCAGUUAUUCAACCCCCUGCCUCCCGCCCUGAUAGGGUCAUUGCCUGAGCAGUACAUGUUGGAGCAGAGUCAGGACCAAAGCCAGGACCCCAAACAGGGAAUCCAUGCACCCUUCUCUGAUAGUAGCUUCUUAACCUCCACACCAUUUCAAGUUGAAAAAGAACAGUGUUUAAACUGUCCAGAUGCCAUUACUCAAAAAGAAGACAAUGCCCAUCUAAGUGACUCCAGCUCAUACAGCAUUGCCACUAAGCUUGAAAGGACACGGUUAUCCCCCGAGGCCAAUGCGAAGGCAGAGAGGAGCAGCCUGAGCACGAAGAAAGGCCGGGUGUUCUGCACCGCAUGUGAGAAGACUUUCUAUGACAAAGGCACCCUCAAAAUCCACUACAAUGCCGUCCACCUGAAGAUCAAGCACAAGUGCACCAUUGAAGGGUGCAACAUGGUGUUCAGCUCCCUGAGGAGCCGGAACCGCCACAGCGCCAACCCCAAUCCUCGGCUGCACAUGCCAAUGAACAGAAAUAACCGGGACAAGGAUCUCAGGAACAGCCUGCACCUGGCAGGCUCCGAGAACUACCAACGCCCAGGCUUCCCGGGGAUUGCUCCAGACUGUGGACCUCUCCCCAGCUACCCUGGUUCUGGGGAGGAUUCCAAAGGCCAGUUGGCCUUCUCUAGUAUCGGGCAAAAUGGAGUGCUCUUCCCUAACCUAAAAACAGUCCAGCCAGUCCUUCCUUUUUACCUCAGCCCGGCCACUCCCGCUGAGCUGGCAAAUACCCCUGGAGUGCUGCCUUCUCUCCCUCUCUUGUCCUCCUCAAUCCCAGAACAGCUGGCUUCCAGUGAGAUGCCCCUGGAUACGCUUCCCAAGAAGAAAUCCCGGAAGUCCAGUAUGCCAAUCAAAAUAGAGAAGGAAGUGGUAGAAGUGGGUCAGGAGAAGAGACCCCUGAGCUCUGAUGAAGACGCGCCCCUGCAGGGGGUCAGCGAAGAUGAGCCUGAAGCCUGCAGUCCUCAGUCAGACAGAGCACCUGAGGAGCAGCACACCCAGUCAGGAGGCUUAGGGAAGUCUCUCUCUCGGGGGGAGAGGCCUUGCAGUCUCGGAUCUGUGACUGAGGCCCAUGGAACCGUCAGCCAGAUCUCUGAGCAGGCCACACACAACUCAGAGAGGGAGGCUGAGCAGCAACUAACGUUGACCAUGGUGCCGAGGGAGGUAGAGGACGGCAGCCAAGAAUACCACUUCACACCUGGAGUGGAAUCCCAUGUUCCUUUUCCUGACUACAUGGAGCUUCAGCAACACCUGCUGACCGGGGGACUCCUCAGUGCCUUGUCCCACAGGGCCAUGGCUUUUCCUUGUCUCGGAAAUUCCAAAGAACUGGAGCCCCCAAGCCAGCAUGUGCCCACAAGGCAGAAGGAAGAACCUCGCACUCAGUGUGACAUCUGCAGGAAAACCUUUAAGAACGCUUGCAGCUUGAAAGUGCAUCUCAAGAACAUGCAUGCCAGAGACACGCACACGUGCACCGUGGAGGGCUGCCGUGCCACUUUCCCGUCCCGCAGGAGCAGAGACAGACACAGUUCAAACCUAAACCUCCACCAAAAAGUGUUGAGCCCAGAGACAUUGGAGAGCAGUGGAGACCACUUCCGUGCCGCCUACCUUCUGAAAGACGUGGCCAAGGAGGCCUACCAGGACGCGGCUCUCACCCAGCGGGCCUCCCAGACAUCGGUCAUCUUCCAGGGGUCCAGUCGCAUAGACCGCCUGGCUUACCCAGUCAGCCAGGUGCACAGUGCCAGCCUGGAGAGCUACCCCUCCCUCCACCCCAGUGAGGGCACCAUCCUGGAUCUGAGCACGGCCUCCGGCACCAAGUCGGAGAGCAGCAGCCCCUCCUCGUGGGACUCAGACGGGCUGAGCGAGGAAGGCCCUCUGCUUACGGAGGGCAGCGAGGGGACCUGUGAAGGGCCCAGCCUCGUGCCCGGGACGGAGGGGUACCCGAUCUGCGUGCUGAUGGAGAAAGCUGACCAGAGCCUUGCCAGUCAGCCCUCCGGGCUGUCCAUGACCUGUCACCUCUGCCAAAAGACAUACAGCAACAAAGGGACCUUCAGGGCCCACUACAAAACCGUGCACCUCCGCCAGCUCCACAAGUGCAAAGUGCCGGGCUGCAACACCAUGUUCUCUUCCGUUCGCAGUCGGAACAGACACAGCCAGAACCCCAACCUCCACAAGAGCCUGGCCUCGUCGCCCAGUCACCUCCAGUAA